AUUUAUAAAAGUCAACACAAAUAAUCGCACACUAGUUUCCGGAAUAUCCUAAUGUCAUCCAACCAAGGGAAUAAGAUAGAUCGGUACGAAAUCUUCCGCAUUCGUCAAGGCAUGAGGCCCAGAAGUAAUGACGAGGCAUAUUUUGAUUGCAGUGGCAGUCCGAUGAUCGACGGAUUUGAUCACAAGAUACGGGUUUACAAUAAAAAAGGAGCAACAGGAAAUCAAAGAGGAGUCAAUUCUGAGCAAACAUAUGGAAGCAAAAAUACAUCAGACUGUAGUUAUCAGCAAGAUUUUGGUGAUAACUUAGGUCCAUUGGUUACUUAUGGGAUCGAUGAUGAACCCAAGCCAGGUGAUAAUAAACGUAAAUGAAAUUUUAAAUGAAAGAAUUUGAUCACCCAUUCUCAUCACUGUUGUCAGUUAUUAUUUUGUUUUAGUAAUUUGGUAUAUUACAUCUAAUCAGUUGUUAUUACGCGAUAAUUUAACUGCGUUCUCACCUGACGUGUUUCAGCACAUUUAAUCACCAAUCAAAUCAAUGUUUUGCAGGUGGUAUAUACAGCACAACUUAUACACAAUGUUGCACUUGUGAAAAAAUCCUUUCAUUUUAAAUAUAAAUAGAAGUAGAUGGUCGAUCCUUUACAUGUAUGGUGCUAAUGCAAGAUAUGAAUAGAAUUUUAUUUUAUAGAAUAUCAUGGCAAAAUAUGAGAACCAUAAAUUGAACACUUCAUUUGUAGAUUUCCAUCACUUGUCUUUUACAUUCUAUAUGAUUCACGAUUCUUCUAUUCCCUUCCACUUCUGAUUUAUGUUUCACACUAGGUAUGUUGACAGACAUAAGUAGCAUACACCACAGUACUACAAAUUAUGUGAGGAAUCGUAUAUUCUAUUACAGAAUGUUAAUCGUGAUGAAUUUUAUUAAGCAAUACAACUGCCAUAACAUCAUUUAAACUUCCAUAUUUGUACUUAAAUAUUCCCCUACAGUUAAUACAGUCCUUUUUAACAUCUUUUUCAUUCUUAUUAUUUAUUUUGUAUAUUGGAGUCAUAUUUCGUCCCGCUUUUGUGUUUUUGUUAACAUUUUUUUAUCGUGUCUGUUCACUUUCUUUUGUACAAUGAUUUACUGCUUGAUUGUUACUUCAUUUUUAUUGCUGUUAACUUAUGAAACCACUCUGCAAGAAACUUAUUAGUAUUUUCAUUAGAAACAUAAGUUGAAAUAAUAUAAUAUUUGACAUCAAUCAUUUCACUUUCAUCGUAAAUUGAUUGGGUAUAAUUAGAAUUAUCAAGUAUCUCUACUUUAGUCCUAGAUACCUUUCUUUGUAAUCUGGAUGAUUUCACUCUACCUAUGUGCUAGUCUGUGCAACCAAACAUUGUAAGUUUUAGUAUCGUGAGAUUUUUAGGUAUACAUCCAUACUAAAAAACAUUAGCAUAUUGUUGAUAGUAGCUAUAUAUUUUGAUACUAACAAUUCUAAAUGUAUUGUUGUUGGUUAAAUCAAUAGUGAAUCAGAAUCAACUUGUCAGCAUGUUAAUUAUUUAACAAUAAUUUCUUAUGAGUUCAUAAAAUGACGCCAAUGCAUUUUAUUGUUGGAAAAAAUACAUGCCGUACACUGAAAACCAUAGAUAUUUCAUUAGAUAUAAGUCAAUAAUCUUUUGUAUUAUGACUAGUGAGGUGGUACCUUGCUGGAUGUGAGGCAUUAACUCACAGAAGACAAUUAGAGGUGGUCGCGCAACAUUUUGAAUUGACUGAAGUUAAGCAUUGACAUUAGUGAAUGCUGGACCAGUGACUUACAGGUUAACUCGGUAGUGCGCGGAAACGAAAGUGGUACGUCUGAUUGCUGGCGUGCAUGCUCACUGAUAAGGGAUCUAGUAGGAGGACUUAGUGGCCAGACAGUUCUUCCAGGUUAUCAUUGUUGGUCUAACAUUGGUCGGUUCAUGAUUUCUUCGAAAUUCAACAAUCAUUACAUCGUACAAUUUUGUUUAUUAAUAUGCUUCCUCAGAAGUCGGUAAAAUUUGUCAUAUACUCUACAGUUACUCAUAAGUAGUGUAAAACAAAUUAAAAACAUGUUGGUAGAUAGUAUACAUCUCGAUCGAAGUCACUGGAAAACAAUAGUUACUGCAUUUCUGUCAGAGACAGAAUGCCAACUUAUGCACAACACUGUUGGGUUUCAACCUCUGGGAAAUAUUUAUGUUGAAAAAUUUUCACCAUCCUAAAUACUGAAAAAUACUUAAUUCGCAGAAUGCAGUAUCAAAAGUCUUGUACACAUUUUGAACAUAGUUUGCUAGUGACCUAUAAAGGUUGAAGCAAAUUGUGGUGAGGGUAUGGAUCAUCGCAAGUGAAACAACCGAGAACAAUUCCCGUAACAAAAUAUGAAUGCGUGAUGUGUAUUGGUCAUAUUGAUAAGUAAUAGUUUGUAUAGAUGUGAAGUCAGAAAUACGUUUAUUAAUUCUCGUAUUAAUUGUAACUUUUAACAAACAUUCAGUAGCUCAGUGCUUGUUUAUCAUUCAUCCAUAAUUUUCUGAAGGCAUUUCAGUGACUCACGUAUUAGUUAUACGGAUUAUUCAGGAUAAUACAUUUCGAUUUCACUCAUGUCUUGAUGAAAAUCUAUUGUUUAUUUCACAUAUCAUCAUCACUAAAAUUGUUCAUAAAUGUGGAUAUAAGCAUUACCAGUUUCGGGGAUACUGUUUAAAAUAACAGAAGUAGUGAUAAAACCAAUUCAAGAAGAAUUAUUCCUAAACUUUCCUAUGUCAUUCACGUUUAUUAUUUGGAGCCACUUUAGAAAAUGAAAUAGUAAAGGAAGCAUAAUAUAUUUCAGGUAAUAUGUAUUACUUAUCAGUAAUCUUUCUUUACAAGAUUCCAUGAAAGAAGUACAUGAAUUAACAAAUCUUUAAUUUAAAUGGACUGAAGUCAUUUAUGGAGUGCGCUAUAAAUCUGUUCAGUAUUUAUAAUUAUAACGCUGCAGUUAUCUCAUUAAUUUGUCUAGUUUAACUAAAUCCAGUGAUUAGAGGAAGGAUUGUCUUAUCUUUAUUAGCUAGAACAGAAAUGUCAAAAGAGACAUUACUGAGUGAUUAUUUUAUGAAGCUCAUGUUUCAAGUUUAACUGCACCCACACUAUUAUACACUAAGCCACACACAUAAAACAACGUCAAUAUAAAUUUAACAGGGAUAUUAUUUAUUCAGUAUUCAAGACGUUAUGAGUGUUUUUUCUCACUGUAAGUCUAAAGCAAUCUCAACACUGCCAACAAUCUCAUACAUUUUCUUUAUAAAACUUAUAUUUUUAUUAAAAUAAAUACGAAACUUGUAUAUACAUAUCAUAUUCACUUUCCCUCCAGAAUGACAUUCAAUUUCUGGGACUCAAAACAAAAAGUCAGUAGAUUGUGUCACCUGGAUAUUUUGAGCCCUUUAAUUUUCUGUAACUAAUGAAUCGCUAUUUCAUCUGUUAUGUUAACAGACAAAAUAAGUUAAUGUGAAUCUGAAUUCUUGUAAGCCUAAAAGAAGAGUAAGAACAUUUCCAAAUGCAAAUAGAUAUGUCUAUAAAAUCAGAGAAUAACUUAUAGAUUGAAUGGUUUUCUGUGAAUAAAAACAGAAUGAAUCGUACUGAAUCUAUCUAUCUGUUGGGAUAUUCAGGAAAAUAUCCCCAAAAUUAUCCUGUUAAACCUAAUGCUAUCCUUGGACAUGAAAUGGUAUCAUCUUAUUGGUCAAUAUUUAUUUAACGUGUUAUUUUCCUGUUGGCCAUUAUUGUACAAUGUUAUCUUCUAUUUUAUGGUACGUUGUGGACUGAUUGACUGGUAUAUAAACAAAGUAUGUUUGAAAUAUAAUGAUUCAUAAAUCCGAGGCUGAAACUUGCGUUCUGGACUCAAUUGACUGGGCUAGACAAAGAAGCGAGACCAAUCAGAACCCUAGGUCGUUCUACGUGUUUGUGCGUCUUUGGUCCGGUCAAUAGUUCGCUACCCCUCAAUCAUCAGCAUUUAUUUUUCACGUUAUAACACUAUCAAAAUUGGUAAAAUAGUAAAUGUACAAAACACUGGGCAAAGAUAAUAUGACAAUUAAUGUAGUUUGAAUUUGCGGUGAUGUAACUUUGAACGUAUUGUAAAACGAGAAACCCGAGUUAUUACUAUGAUUGUUAUUGUUAUCAGUAGAUAUUGAAUGAUCAUUUAAUCUUUUACAGAUACUUUUAAUAAAAAGCUCUUGUUCACCAAUUUCGAAAUGAAAAGUACAGUAUUCACUUAAAGAUUAAUAUUAUCUGUAUUAAUCAGUGUAAGGUUUUUAUUAUAAGACCUGAAUGCUGACCAAUGGUUUUCGUGACUUUUAUCAAUAUAUAGGUAAAACUUCUAUACGUUGAAUCAGUGAGUAGUUGAAGACUAGUUUGGUGUAAUACUUUAUUUUAACCAUUCUCAAAUGCUAGAAGGUAUGAUCACAAACACACCAAAAAGGAAAUAUCCUUAAAAUAUACUACUGAAUGGAUAGAAACUCAAUAAAAAACAAAAUGUUAAAAUAAGAUUUAUCCAAAUUUCAAUCAGAUCGAUUCUUUAAAAAUGCAUAUCUUUAAACUAGAAAUAAAUCUUACUUACUUACUUACUUACUUACGCCUGGUACUCCUCGUGAAGGAGCAUAGGCCGCUCACCAGCAUUCUCCAUCCAACCCUGUCCUGGGCAAUCCUUUCUAGCUCCGUCCAGUUGUAAUUCAUCCUUUUCAUAUCUGCUUCUAUUAUCCGACGCAAUGUGUUCUUUGGCCUUCCUCUUUUUCGCUUCCCUGAGAAAUAAAUCUUACUUAAACUUAAUCUUUUAAACUACCAAAGAAAAAUGAGAUAGAUUUCUUUAAACUAUGUGAACAUGAAGACAUCAAGUUAUUAUUGAAAUUAACUUAGAUCACAAACUGUUAAUAGUGGUUCAGUUACAUAUUAACAUAAACAUUUUUCGAACAACUUUAUGACAUAUAGGAAAUUGUGAGCCGUCUAUUUCGUACCAAACUUUUCUUCAUCUGUCUAAUAUAUUAUCAAUUGAACAUAUAUGUAUUGUGACUUACUCAUUGUGACUUACAUAUAGUUGAAUUCAAAAUUUAACUGUUUUAAUUCAAUGUCUAAUCAAAAU